AAGCAGAAAUAGCAAGAAAAGCAAAUUUAACACAAAAAGAAUUAACAGAAAGUGAAAGUGAUUCAGAUUAUGAAGCUAAAACAAGUCAAUUAACAUUUAUAGAAGGAAGUAAAAAUAAUUUUAAUAGUAAAGCUAAAAAUAGCAAUCAUAUAAUAUUAUAG